AGCUUUCUUUGGGGAAUACGUGCAUCAGGGUUUAGAUCUGCAUGUAAAAUCCAUACAAAGUAUCUGCCACUACAGGUCUGACUCUCCUCCCCACCCCGUUUGUUUGUUUUUCUUUCCCUUUUCUCUGCUGUCAGAAAGACUGAAACAGAACUAUCUCUGUUUCUGGCUCCACUGCCAGUGAAGGAGUUUUCAUUCAGACUUUCCGAAGAGAGGUGGAGAAACCUAAAGACUCAGGAGAAGAAGAGGUCCUUUGAGCCAGAUGGGGCAUUAGCUCUUCUGCUUUUCUCAGCAUGGAUAAGCCCUUUCUUCAAGAUGAAGAAACGGGCCUGGAACAGAAGUCACUUGCCCACAGUCACACAGAACUUAAGUUUCCUGUCUCUUAUAAAAGGAUUUGGGGUUUAAAGAAAGAUUCCUACUUCUUAAAUGAACAACUAGCAUUUUCUUCAGGAUUAGAAGAUUUUCUGAUGUGCCCUAAGAUCCAUGUAACUACAAGGGCUCUUUAUCACCAUAAGUGCCACCCUGACCCCAAACCACUCAGAACUCAAGAAUCAAGGCAAAAUGGAUGCCGCAGUGACAGAUGAUUUCCAACAAAUUCUGCCUAUUGAACAGCUGCGCUCUACUCACGCUAGCAAUGAUUAUGUGGACCGUCCUCCAGUCCCCUGUAAACAGGCCCUCUCCAGCCCUUCCCUUAUCGUGCAAACCCACAAAUCUGAUUGGUCCCUGGCUACCAUGCCUACUGCUCUCCCACGCAGUCUCAGCCAGUGCCAUCAAUUGCAGCCCUUGCCUCAGCAUCUGAGCCAAUCUAGCAUUGCCAGCUCAAUGUCCCAUAGCACCACUGCCUCUGAUCAAAGGCUCUUGGCCAGCAUUACGCCCUCACCUUCAGGCCAGUCCGUCAUCCGAACCCAGCCUGGAACAGGAACCCACCCGAAGGCUGAUGGUGCUCUGAAGGGAGAAGCUGAGCAAUCUGCAGUGCAGCCCAGUGAGCACCUCUUCAUCUGCGAGGAGUGUGGGCGCUGCAAAUGUGUCCUCUGCACGGCAGCUCGCCCUCUCCCCUCCUUCUGGCUGUGCAACCAGCGUUGCCUUUGCUCUGCUGAGAGCCUCCUCGAUUAUGGCACUUGUCUCUGCUGUGUUAAGGGCCUCUUCUACCACUGUUCCACCGAUGAUGAAGACAACUGCGCCGACGAGCCCUGCUCCUGUGGGCCCGGCUCUUGCUUCGUCCGCUGGGCAGCCAUGAGCCUCAUCUCCCUCUUCCUACCCUGCCUGUGCUGCUACCUGCCCACCCGUGGAUGCCUCCAUCUGUGCCAGCAGGGCUAUGAUAGCCUUAGGCGACCAGGCUGCCGCUGUAGACGGCACACCAACACUGUGUGCAGAAAAAUCUCUUCUGGUAGUGCGCCCUUCCCCAAGGCCCAGGAGAAGUCUGUAUGACCUUCCCGCAAAAGGGAUCCAGCGCUUUCUCCUUCUAGGCCCCGUCAAUAAAGCAUAGGCCGCGUCUUUGAAGAAGGGGAGGAGGAGUCAAGUAGCCACGCCAAAGUUAGGGCUCACCAGUUUUGUUCCUGCAGUGUCAGGGGAAUGGUCAAGUACAUCCUGGUGCAGGAUGCCUUGUUCUUUCUCACAGUAUCUAUCCCACUCCUCUUCAGUCUUUUUACACCCACCAUCUCAGCCCUUAUGGCUGUCAUGGCAUAUUCAGGUGAUACAUAAGCAUGAGAUUUGGACACUGAGGGCUGACAGAGCCGGCAACGGGGAGGUUUAGGGGCUCCCCAACGUAACACCUCUCGAUGCAGGCUCUGAGUGUCACUCUGCUUUCCACAGUGCCUUUGGAAGCUUUCUUCUUAGAUGGUUUUCACAGGUCCAUGUGGAACAGUGUUCAGUAUUCCAGGGAAUCUGACCCCUUCUCCGUUUACCGCCCCUCUGGUCUUCAGUCUUUUUCUCAUUUUCCCCUCUUCUUGCAUUACUCUGUUCUGUUCUCAUUCCCACUUCAUUUUCACCCUCUCUACUUUUACUUUUCCUCUCUUUUCUUUCUCGCUCUCUGCUUUCUUCUCCUUCCCUCCCUUGCUCUCAGACUGAUCCUUUCUCUGCCUGUAUUUCUGUCUUGUUUGAUCUAAUCUUUGUCUCCUACCUGUCCCUCUUUCUCUCUCGAACGCGUCAAAAAGUGCUGUUUUUCCAUAGGUGUUUCCUUUGACGCCAAACUUUGCUACGUUAUACUAUUACUAAUUUUUAUCAAGGGAAAUUGAUUACUGUAAUAAACUUAUCACUAGCAAUAGUGUGUGUGCACUCAUAACCACACUCACCAGUCUAUGAGCAUAAGAGGCAAACUUAUCUUACAUUUCCAGGUUUAAUUAGUUGAAGUUUUAUUCCCUUUCCCAAUAAUCACCUUAUAGUACUGACAGAUUCCACUAGCAUGCUGAGUAGGGUAGUAAAUCAGGAUGCUCAUAACUUUGUAUGUCUGACCCAAGUGCCAAAGGCAGACGUGCUUUAUAGCUAAAUGAACAAAGCAAAGGAUAUUACAGAGGUCUGUUCUCUCUUAGAAGCUAACUGCCCUGAGACUGCAUGGCUCAGGCCUUAAUAAUGGACAUAAAAAGUCAUAAAACUUUAGAGCUGGAAGGAAUCUUAACUGUUAAUCUAGUUCAACGCCCUUAUUUUACAGAUGGGAAAACUGAAGCCUGGAAAUAGGAAGGGAUCUGCCCAAGGCUACACACUGAGUUAAUAGAGUUGGGCCUGGCAUACAGGUCUUGUGACUCUUGGUUCAGUAUUCUCUAUUAACAAUGACAGAAAGCCAUUCCCAUUCAAUUUUCAGGAAUCAUGUCAAGCUAGCGUGGUGGUCUUUAUGCGGGGCAUAGUGGGUAGCUAGCUUUCAGGUGUCAAGGCUGCCCCCAGUGGACAUCACCUUUGGCUCUGUAACCUUGUAGAAGCUCAAGUGUGCAAAAGAAAAGCUUAAGGAAGCCCUAAUCAAGCUGUAUCUUCGCCAUUGCACCUACCCUUUGCUGCACACUGUGCUUGCUCCUGGCUUUGUCUGCAGUGGCAGUUGCCUGAGAACCUAAAUUUCAGCAACAGUGGAAAACUGAGAUGAAAGUUGUAAAAUGCAGAGAACUGACUUCUCUUUUAAGAAAUACCAAGAGCUUGUGCUGUGAAUCCCCUUCAAUGGGAAAAGGCUGCAGUGGUGAUAGCAGGCUCCUAAGGACUGCUGCUGAAAGAUGCAAGAAUUAGAUACAGUUUCCCUCUGUAAGUGAAUCCAAAAUUCACUAAAGAAUUCAAAGAUUGAGGGCACUUGCUUGAAAUCAAGGUGCUCCAACUUAGUUUAAGACUUCCAGACUCUAGCUUUAUAUAUCAUCAUCUCUUUUAAAGUGUGCAUGGAUAUGUAUUACAGGGUGGAAAAGUGGGGAGAAAUGUAUAGUCAUACACAGGGGGAAGAAGAAGGGAACAUCCAUGUCCCCUUGUUGGCUAUAUACUAUAGGAAUAUGUGCCACUCAGUCUUUGUUGGUUCUGAAUCUUCCUGAAGUGUACUGACAUUUGGGCUGCACAGAGACCCUCACCUUCACUUUCACCUCCUCUUCUAGAAUCGCUUUGCUCUAUUUUUGUAUAUAUCAAUAUGUUAUGAUGAUUAUUAAUAAUGUUAAUGAUAUUGCUGCAAAUGGUGCCAUAUACAAGGUUUGGCUUCUUGGAACAUUUAUAAACCCAAACCAGUACCUGUAACCUCUUAUGUUGCUUUCAAGUCCUUCCAUUUAAGUAACUUCUUUCCAUCUUACAAGUCUGCCUGAUUGACCUGUGAACUUAUCCACCCCUAAAAGCUGUGCCCGGUUCUCUGGGUCAAGCUGGGUGGUGAUGAGUACCAACACACACUUCGCUUCUGCCCGACAUUUGCUUAGAGCUGAGAUAAGUAAGGAUUCUGACACUAGUGCAUUGUUCCUGGAGCUAAAGUUAUUCUGUGGAUGUUUGCUUAUUAGUUUCAGGACCCAAAACAACACAAGUCCCUCCUCCUUGACAGCUCCUUCAUAUCUCAAUCCUGCAGUCCUUACUCAGGCAAAUUGUGCACUGCCAGAGGCGCCCUGGGCUCUGCCACACACCCAAAGGAGCUCUUCUCAGUGUAUUUCUCAAUGGCCUUACACUUGGUAGAAGAAACUGAAGGGUUACUCCAAUGCAGUUGCAGUCUGCAAUCUGCUGAGUCAGGGCUCUCACUUGUGUCCAAGUUGGCCUGAUAUGGACUGCAUCUGGUUGACGUAUAGAUGGGUCCUGUUGGGGUAUGCGCACGGACAUGUGAGUGUGCAUAUGUAUCCCCUC